ACAACCUCCACUUCCGGGCAGGAGUUUUCAAACAACAGUUAGCUAGGUUAGCUGUCACAUAUUUUUGCUCAGGGAAUUACGGCAAACCUAGCUCAGUUUGGGCUAUCCGGCUAAGCUGUUGUGAAAUUAGCCAGUGAUGUCAGCUAAGAGGAGACGGGCCACUUCACCCUCCAGCAGUGUUAGUGGAGGGGGCGACCUCGAUGAUGCCUCCUCUACUCCUGGAAGUGGAAGAAAAAGAAGAAGGAUCUCAAAUGUUCCUCCUGUAGACACGAUCGCUGUUUGCCAUGAACUCUUCAACGCUGUCAAGGAUCACAAGGACGAUAAAGGGAAGCAGCUGUCUGAAUUUUUCUUAAGGGUACCAAAAAGAAGGAAUCUGCCAGAUUAUUAUGAAGUGGUGUCUCAACCUAUUGACAUGACAAAAAUUCAGUACAAGCUAAAGUCAGAAGAUUAUCAGGAUGUGGAGCAGUUUACAGCCGAUUUCCACCUCAUGUUUAACAAUGCCAAAUCAUUUUACAAGAGAGACACUGAGGAGUAUCGAGCUGCAUGUAAGUUAUGGGAGGUAUAUUUGCAAACAAGGAAUGAGUUUGUGCAACCUGGGGAAGGAGAUGAUGAUGAUGAAGAAGGUGAUGACAUGAUGGAUAAUCCAGGAAUGUCAACUGAGGAUGAGACCCCAACUGGCAGCUUGAAGGAGGUGUUAGAACAACUCUUGGAGGCUGUAGUGUCACAUGCUGAUCCCUCAGGGCGCCUGGUCAGUGAAUUGUUCCAGAAACUGCCUUCCAAAGUGCAUUACCCAGACUACUAUGCCAUUAUUAAGGAGCCAAUAGAUCUAAGAAUGAUCGCUCAAAGAAUACAGAUUUCAUACUAUAAAAGUGUGAAUGCUAUGGCCAAGGACAUUGACCUGAUGGCCAAAAAUGCCAAAACAUAUAAUGAACCAGGAUCUCAGGUUUUUAAGGAUGCUAACACUAUAAAGAAAGUCUUCAUUCAACGGAAGACUGAACUUGAACACGCAGAACCCACUAAAUCAAGUCUUCGCAUCAGAAAUCGCAGGUCUGGUCAGGGAGAUCGACUUUCUGGUGUCAGUGUAACACUUCAGUAUGGCUCAGAGAGUGAGGAUGACCCUGUGCUUUCUGGUUCUGUGUGCUAUGAUGAAGGAGAGUCAGAAGCUGAGAGUCAGACUUCUAGUAUGGAGAUGAACAACCCUAUCUUUCAGCUGUAUGAAGCUGUGAGGGGUGCCAGGAACAACCAGGGCCAGGUCUUUUCUGAACCUUUCCAGCAACUUCCUUCCCGAAGAGAAUAUCCUGACUACUAUCAGCAGAUCAAACAGCCCAUUUCACUGCAUCAGAUCAGGACGAAGAUGAAGAAUGGCGAGUAUGAAAGUGUGGAACAAAUAGAAGCUGACCUCAAUCUGAUGUUUGAGAACGCAAAGCGCUACAAUAUGCCCAACUCAAGUAUUUACAAACGGGCUUUCAGGCUUCAGCAGAUCAUGCAGGCAAAAAGGAAGGAACUUAUGAGGAAAGACGACGAAGAUGGAGACAGUAUAUUGUCAACUGAUGCAGGAAGCAUCAAGAGGAAAGGUCACAAGAAAAAUGUCAAGAAGAAUAGAAUGAAAGCCCUAUAUGCUGCAGUGACUGAAGCCAGGGAGGCCGGCACCAAUCGACGCCUCUGUGAUCUGUUUAUGGUCAAACCGUCCAAGAAGGACUACCCUGACUACUAUAAAGUCAUCCUUGAACCAAUGGACCUGAAAACCAUUGAGCACAACAUUCGCAGUGAGCGAUACGCCUCAGAGGAGACUCUGAUGGAUGAGAUGAAGCUGAUGUUCCGUAAUGCAAGGCAUUAUAAUGAAGAGGGAUCUCAGGUUUAUAAUGAUGCUGAUAUUCUGGAGAAGAUACUGAAAGACAAACGGAAGGAAUUAGGACCCCAGCCUGAAGAGGAGGAUGUUGGAUCUCCUAAACUGAAACCUAGGAAGAGUGGUGUCUCUCCAAAGAAGUCCAAAUACCUCACUCCUCUCCAGCAGAGGUUAAAUGAACUGUAUGAUGCUGUGCGGAACUUCACUGACCGCCGAGGUCGACGAUUAAGUACCAUCUUCCUGCGUCUGCCAUCACGUUCCGAGUUGCCAGACUACUAUGCCACAAUCAAGAAGCCUAUUGAUAUGGAGCGUGUGCGAAGCCAUAUGGCUGCUGGCCGUUACCAAGACGUGGAAGCCCUGGUGGAAGAUUUUGCUCUCAUGUUCAACAACGCCUGUAUUUACAACGAGCCGGAAUCUCUGAUAUAUCGGGAUGCUCUGGUGCUGCACCGGGUGCUUCUUGAAACACGAAAGCAGCAGGAGGGAGGCGAGGACUCUGGGCCUCCAGCAGUGGGAACUCAUGUGCGCGAGCUGAUAAGGAACCUGUUCGUGUCCGUGCUGGGCCACCAGGAUGAAGAGGGUCGCUGCUACAGUGACUCGCUGGCUGAGAUUCCUGCCGUGGAUCCAGCUGCACCUGAGAAGCCGCCACUCAACUUUGAUGUCAUCAGGAUAAUUGUGGACCGAGGCCGUUACAGAAGAUUGGAUGUCUUCCAGGAACACAUGUUCGAGGUGCUAGAGAAAGCGAGGCGGUUGCACAGGACUGACUCAGAAAUCUUUGAAGAUGCAGUUGAACUGCAACAAUUUUUCAUUAAGAUCAGGGAUGAACUAUGCAAGAAUGGAGAAAUUUUGAUGUCGACAGCACUCAACUACACAGUAAAACACCUGCACAAUGACGUGGAUCAGGAAAAAAGGGAGAAAAUUCCCAAAGAAAUUGAGGAAGACAAGCAGAAGAAAGAGGAGGAGGAGGAGGGAGAGGAGGAAAGCAAAGGUGUAAAAAAUGAGGACCGGUCAGAAGAAUUGUGGCAGUUGGAGACGGAGCGUGUGUACAUUCAGGAGUGCACCUUCGAAGACAGGACGUAUCAUGUGGGAGACUUUGUGUACGUGGAGCCGUCAGAGCCGAACCUUAAGCCACACAUCGUUUGUAUUGAACGCCUGUGGGAGGAUGAAGCAGGUGUGAAGUGGCUGUAUGGCUGCUGGUUCUACAGGCCCAGUGAAACCUUCCACCUCGCCACACGCAAGUUUCUGGAAAAGGAGGUCUUCAAGAGUGACUACUAUAACAAAGUGGCCAUCAGUAAAGCUGGGAAAUGUGUGGUCAUGUUUGUAAAAGAUUAUUUCAAACUUCAGCCGGAGGGCUACACAGCAGAGGAUGUCCACGUUUGUGAAUCCCGCUACUCUGCCAGAAGCAAAGCAUUUAAGAAGAUCAAGAUAUGGGCCAUGCCAGGGAGCUCUGUCAAACUAGUGCCACGGGAAGUACAUUUGCCUGUUGUUCGUGUUGCCUCCAUGUUUGCCAAACCUGAUCUGGACAAACAAUUGGCUUUGUCAUAUGCAGAGGGCAACACUUAUAUGGACAAGGAGAGAGAGGAUGUCUCGAUGGAAAUGAGUGGAGCUGAGCCUGGCUGUCAGUACUACGAACAGUUACGCUACAACAAGAUGUGGUUCAAAGUGGGGGACUGUGUUUACAUUCAGUCACAUGGUCUGUCCAAACCAAGAGUGGCACGGAUAGAGAAGCUUUGGGUACAGAAUGGAACUCCAUUUUUCUUUGGACCCAUCUUCAUUCAUCCAGAGGAAACUGAGCAUGAGCCCACAAAAAUGUUCUACAAGAGAGAAGUGUUUCUGAGUAAUCUGGAGGAGACUUUACCCAUGACCUGUGUCAUAGGUAAAUGUAUGGUGUCGUCCUUUAAGGACUUCCUGUCAUGCAGACCUACUGAGGUCCCAGAAGAGGAUGUCCUGCUUUGCGAGAGCCGCUACAUUGACUCAGAGAAACAGAUGAAAAAAUUUAAGGGUCUCAAACGCUUCUCCUAUUCAUCUAAAGUGGUGGAGGAUGAAAUUUACUAUUUCAGGAAACUAAUGGUGCCGCAGAAGGAAGCAUCGCCCUUCUUGGACAAGAAAAUAGAUGAGCUUGAGGUGAAACUGGCAGAUUUGGAGGAUGCAGAUGAUGAUAUGGACGACAUGGAUGAGGAAGAGGAGGCUUCAGAGACACCUUCAAUGCCUCAGAUGCAAACUCCAAUGGCAAGUGAUAUGGACACCAUGCCAUACACACCUUCUCAGUCUACACCAAAAGUGAAGGGACUAUCGAAGAAAGAGGGUGCCAAGAGGAAAAUCAACAUGAGUGGCUACAUUUUGUUCAGCAGUGAAAUGCGAGCUGUCAUCAAGGCUCGACACCCUGACUUCUCGUUUGGGGAGCUGAGUCGACUGGUGGGCACUGAGUGGAGAAACCUUGAGGCUACCAAGAAAGCAGAGUAUGAAGAACGUGCCGCCAAAAUAGUGGAGCAACAAGAGCGUGAGAGGCCGCCCCAGAAGCAAGGGUCCCCUAGAGCAGGUACCCCUGUAGGGGCACUGAUGGGGGUGGUGCCUUCGCCUAGCACUAUGGGAAUGAUAAACCAGUCCAUGACACCUGUGUCAGGCAUGAUGGGAGCUUACGGCCCACCUUACAUGCCCUUGCAGGGCCCCCAUGAGGGUUUGUUGUGUGUGGCCCCAAUGCCACCUCACCCUGCAGGGGGGCCCCACCUGCCUCAUCACCACCUCCAGCAAGGUAUGCCCGGGUACCCUGGCAUGCCCCAUCAGGGUAUGAUGGGCGCUGGGAUGAACGGCAUGGCAGGAAGUCCUGCUGGAGGAAAUUAUAUGCAACAGCCUGGGAUGUACAGCCCGGGGCAGCAUGCUCCCCCACCAUAUCCAGGACAGGGCCAGCCCUCACACCUGCAGCCCACCACCCCAAUGUUUGUGGCUCCACCACCAAAGACCCAGAGGGUGCUUCACUCAGAAGCCUACUUGAAAUAUAUAGAAGGCUUGAACUCAGAGUCUAACACUGUCAGCAAGUGGGACCAAACUCUCAAAGUUCAAAGACGAGAUGGUUACCUGACCAAAGAGCAGGAGAGCAGACUACCAGCUCACUGGCUAAAGAGCAAAGGAGCCCACACAACCAUGGCAGAUGCACUGUGGCGACUUCGUGACCUGAUGCUCAGAGACUCCUUGAACAUUUGUCAGGCACAUAACUUGUAA